UUUGUCAACUCCACGAAACAGGAAACGUACGAAAUUUGUGUCGCGCAAGCCGGAAGUUAUCUUCUGGAGUCACAUUGAAGACGAGAAACCCCGGUCACAGAAACAUUAGGAUCACUCACUCCUCAUGAUCCUGCUGGAUUGAUCAGGGGGUUGACGAUGUUCUCCAGGGUUGUUCCUCGUCUCAGUCAAGUUUGCAGAGCAGCUGGCACCCUUCAAACACAUGGACAAACCCUCAGUGGAGCCGCACUAUCUGCCCCCUCUGCACACUGCUCUUAUGUCCAAUGGAAACUCAGAAGCUACUCGACAGCAGCAGACAACACAUCUCCUCCCCGGUGGGUCCAGCUGGAGCCAGAGCUGGACGAGGCUCUGGUGCCGCGUAAACUGUCAGUGAGCCCUCUGGAGAGCUGGCUCUCCCUGCGUUACUCCCUGCCUCCCCUUCUGGAGACACCGCAGCCCCUGGAGGAGGCUGAGCUUCUGGAGGAGAAAAUGCUGCCACCCAUUUCUGUCCCUGUUUUGGAGGACGGCGAGGGCACAGCGGCACCCCUCAGCUGUAAGAAUGUUCUGGAGAUUCGGCGGCGGAAGAUGAACAGACACAAGUACAAGAAGCUGCUGAAACGGACCAAAUUCUUGAGAAGGAGAGUGCUGGAGGGCAGGGGGAAGAAGAAGCAAAGGCGAUUUGAGAAGGAUCUGAAGAGGAUUUGGACACGAGCAGGGCUGAAGAAAGCUCCCGAGGGAUGGACUACGCCUAAGAUCUUCAUUAACCAACAUGGAAACAAAAGGGACUGAGGAGAAAUCACUCCUGUGUCACAACACACUCUCUAAUACACACACACCUCAUACUGGACUGCUCUGCCACAUCCAAAAACCGUUCUUCUCCAUCCUGUGAAUCACUGUCACCUGUGUGUGCUGUACAGCUUGAGGCAUGUUUCUGCCAUGUGGACAUGUUCUCUGUGUAUAAAGUCACUCUGAAUGAGUUCAAAAAGGAUCCAAUAAAAAGAUUUCUCAUGUGAAA